UGGUUUUUCUAAACAAAUAAACAUGUAAAAUGAUGUCAUUAGUGUCAUUAGUAUUUCUCUGAAUAAAUGAACAAAAUUAAACUUUAAAUUUAAGUAUUUACUGCAGGGUGACGCAAAUUUUUAGAUUGUAAUAAUUUAUGACUUGGGAUAAUAUAAAUUUAUCAGCAAUUGAAAAUUUCAAGUAAAGGUAUCAAAAUGUUUGGUAAUCCUGGGUAUGGUGGUGGAAGUUAUCCAGGAUUUGGUGCACCAACACAAACUCCAAUAGGUCCAGAAGUUCAGCAAUGGUUCCAAGCUGUCGAUAGAGACCAUUCUGGACAGAUAAACUGGGAAGAAUUACAGUCAGCCUUGGUUAAUGGCCAGGGUGAAAACUUUUCCUCGCAAGCUUGCAAACUAAUGAUAGGAAUGUUUGACGUCGAUAAAUCAGGGACCAUCGGAAUUAAUGAGUUCCAGUUACUGUAUAAUUAUAUAAAUCAGUGGUUAACAGUUUUUAAGAAUUAUGAUAGCAAUCGGUCCGGAAGUAUCGAAGAACAAGAGUUGAAUUUAGCAUUUCAGCAAAUGGGAUUCCGGUUUUCAUCAGAUUUCAUCAAGUUUCUAAUAAGCAGAAGUGAUUUGAAGAAUCAUCAACUGAUAUCUGUGGAUCAAUUUAUUGUUCUGUGUGUUCAAAUACAGAGGUUAACGGAAGCAUUUCGAGUGAGAGAUAAGGAAAUGAAAGGUGUGAUAAAUAUAGCUUUUGAAGAUUUCCUUACUGUAGCUAUAAAUUGUACCACAGGUUAAGAGUUUAGAUAAAUAAGUUAAAAAUGGCUUUUCUUACUUAUACUAUUUUUGUUCCAAUAUCUUUUAUGCCGAUGCCAAAUACGUUGUUUUGUUAAAUGCCACUUAUUUUAUAUACUUUCAUGUUUUCAUAUAUAUGUUGGUUUUUGAGCUAUACUUGCUAUUAUUAAGAAUUAUGGUGAUUUAGUAAGUUAGAAUAUAAAAAUAAAAUAUCUCACAAGUGCAA